AUGGAGAUAACAGAAAACGGACAGGAGACGUCGUCGACGGUUACGAGUCUCCUCCCACUGGCGUCUGUUUCUCAACAACCUUACGUAUCUGAGCUUCUCUCUUUCACUCUCGAUCGCCUUCACAAGGAACCGGAGUUGCUUCGGGUGGAUGCGGAGAGAAUACAGAGGCAAAUGCAGGAGGUAGCGGUUGGGAAUUACCGUGCCUUUAUUGCCGCUGCUGAUGCGUUGCUUGCUAUUACAGAAGAAGUUUCUUCUAUUGAUAACCACCUUGAAUCUCUGAUAACUGAGAUUCCAAAGCUGACAUUUGGUUGCACUGAAUUCAUCGAAUCUGCAGAACAGAUUUUGGAGAAGAGGAAGAUGAACCAAACGUUGCUAGCAAAUCAUAGUACAUUGCUCGAUCUACUAGAAAUCCCUCAACUUAUGGACACAUGUGUAAGGAAUGGAAAUUAUGAUGAAGCUCUUGACUUGGAAGCAUUUGUUUGCAAACUCUCAACCAUGCACCCUAAAUUGCCUGUUAUUCAAGCACUGGCUGCAGAAGUUAGGCAGACCACCCAAUCUCUUCUUUUUCAGCUUCUUCAGAAACUUCGCUCUAAUAUUCAGUUGCCCGAAUGCCUCCGAAUUAUUGGAUAUUUACGUCGCAUAGGAGUAUUUAGUGAGUACGAAAUGCGUUUGCAGUUUCUGAGAUGUCGUGAGGCAUGGCUUACUGGUAUUCUUGAGGAUCUGGACCAGCGAAAUGCUUAUGAGUAUUUGAAAGGGAUGAUAAAUUGCCAUAGAAUGCAUCUUUUUGAUGUUGUUAACCAAUAUCGAGCAAUAUUUGCUGAUGAUACGUCGGGAAGUGAAGAAAAUUAUGAUGGUGGACUUCUUUUUAGUUGGGCUAUGCAUCAGAUUACCUCACACCUUAAAACACUUAAAAUCAUGCUCCCAAAGAUAACUGAGGGUGGGUCUCUCUCAAAUAUUCUCGACUCAUGCAUGUAUUGUGCAGUGGGACUUAAUUGGGUUGGGCUGGAUUUUAGGGGCUUGCUUCCGCCUCUUUUUGAGGAGGCAGUUCUUAAUUUAUUCUCUAAGAAUAUGAGUACAGCAGUUGAAAAUUUUCAGCUAGUUUUGGAUUCACAUCGCUGGGUUCCACUACCAGCAGUUGGUUUUCCGUCAAAUAGUGUUGGUGAAGAACAUCAAGAGGACGUGACUCCACCAUCUUAUCUUAUGGAACAUCCACCUCUUGCAGUGUUUAUUAAUGGUGUAUCUGCUGCAAUGAAUGAGUUACGUCCUUGUGCCCCAGUAAGUUUGAAGCAUGUGCUUGCUCAAAAACUGAUUAAGGGAUUGCAGGCUGUGUCCGAUUCUCUAUUGAGAUAUAAUACAACGCGGAUGCUCAGAGACAAUGAAUCUGGACUUUUUCUCUCACUUUGUCGGGCAUUCAUAGAGGUUGCUUAUCCGCAUUGUGCCAUGUGCUUUGGUCGCUGUUACCCUGGGGGAGCUGCUCUCAUUAUGGAUGCGAAGAACUUAUAUGAUGGAAUUGGCCGUUUGUUGGCAACUUCUUCUAGAGAGCUGCCAAGACCUGCGAAUAACAUAGAGGGAAAGAACAUAACAGAAAAUGGGGAUGUGCCUGUGGUUGAAGAUGGGGUUACUCCAGAAGUAGAACCAACAGGGGUUACUAAUGCCGAUGAAAAGGAUCAGAUAAGCUCAACUGUACAAACUGAUGAAAAGCAAGGUGACUCUGAAGCAUCUUUUCUUCCUCGCUCCACAGCUCCUUUUUCAGUAGGAAAGGUCUGUGCAAUGGAGUCCAAUGUGGAACAGAAAAACCCAUCGCACAAGUUGCAAAUAUACUCUAGUCCUAACACUGGUGUCACUCCCUUCUGGAGGGAAAAGUAUGAAAGGGAUGCUAAGAAGUAUUGGGAUGUUUUUUACAAGCGUCACCAAGACAAAUUUUUUAAAGAUCGGCAUUACUUGGACAAGGAAUGGGGUCAAUAUUUUACAGGAGAAGGAAGGAAAGUUAUUCUCGAGAUUGGCUGUGGAGCUGGGAACACCAUUUUUCCUCUUGUUGCUACCUACCCCAAUAUUUUUGUCUAUGCUUGUGAUUUCUCACCACGUGCUGUUAACUUAGUUAAGACACAUAAAGACUACUUAGAGACCCGUGUUGGUGCAUUUGUAUGCGAUCUGACUGUUGAUGACUUGAGCAAAGAUAUUUCUCCAUCCUCAGUUGAUAUUGUGACAAUGAUAUUUGUGUUAUCUGCAGUGUCCCCUGAGAAGAUGCCUCUAGUCUUGCAAAACGUUAAAAAAAUUCUCAAGCCUAAUGGUUAUGUGCUGCUUCGCGACUAUGCUGUAGGGGACCUUGCUCAGGAAAGAUUCACUAGCAAGGAUCAACAGAUUAGUGAAAACUUUUAUGUCAGGGGUGAUGGCACUCGUGCUUUCUACUUUUCAAACGAAUUCUUGACAAGUUUGUUUAAAGAUUAUGGAUUUGAUGUUGAAGAACUUGGUUUGUGUUGCAAACAAGUUGAGAAUAGGUCACGUGAAAUAGUGAUGAAUAGGCGUUGGAUCCAAGCUGUAUUCCGAUUUUCAGACAGCUCAAACAAGUCUGUUAGUAAAGAACCUGCAAUCAUGGAAGACCUCAGUCAGGAAAAUGUUAAGUCUAAUGUCAAGGAAAGCAUGUCACAGUGCCAUUCAAACAAUUUUGAGGUUGACAUGUCUGAGGGUGUGGCAGCUGAAAUGUUUGGAAUUUCUCUUUCCAAUGAUAAUGAGGUGAUUCACAUUAAACUGAGGGACCAGAAUUUCAAGAUUAAUGUUCUGUCAAAAGAGUAUCAGCAUACUUGUAAGUCAACAGGCAUGAUGCUCUGGGAAUCAGCUCGUAUGAUGGCUUCGGUGCUAGCAGUAAAUCCAACUAUUGUUGAGGGGAAAAAGGUGUUAGAGUUGGGGUGUGGCUGUGGGGGCAUAUGCUCAAUGGUUGCUGCCAAAUCAGCUGACCUUGUAGUUGCUACUGACGGCGACACAAAAGCACUUGAACUGUUGGCGCAUAAUGUUGCUUCUAACCUUAGAAAGCCAUCCCUUGCAAAACUAAUUACGAAGAGAUUGGAGUGGGGAAAUAGAGAACAUAUAGAAGCCAUCAAGGAACUCAGUUCCGAUGGUUUCGAAGUCAUAAUUGGCACAGAUGUUACGUACGUUCCUGAAUGUAUUCUACCCUUGUUUGCCACUGCAAAGGAAUUAAUUUCAUGCGACAGAAUUGGCAGAGGAGACCAGAAAGCGGUUCUAAUUCUGUGUCAUAUCUUUCGCCGUGUUGAUGAACCAUCCUUACUUUCAGCUGCAUCUCAAUUUGGUUUUAAGUUGGUUGACAAAUGGCCAUUAGGAAUUCCAUCAAAUCCAUCUCAAAGCAUCGUAGGCUCUUGGUUCCCAGAUAAUGGUCGUGAGGAGUGUAUCCCAAAUACAGCAUUGAACAUCAUGUACUUCCAAUGGCAGUGA